AUGUCGUCCUAUCGUCGAAACCCAAGCGAGUCGGAUGAGAUCAUUCCCAUUCGAACGGCCGACGGACAGUCAGAUCGUCGGUAUAACGCCACCGAAGAAAGGAUUACUCCCAACACUGUCGGGUCUUCAACUCUCAGCCCGACGACUCUCGCAGGUUCCGGUCAGGAAGAGGAACAAGAUUGUGCACAGCAAGAGCCUAAACACGCUUGGACGCCAGCGUGGUUGAAGAAGAUUCCGGAAAAAUAUGGUUCGGUAACACUGGAGAAUAAGGGAUCCGUGGCCCGGGACCAUCUCGCCCUCGAGAGAACCUUCCUCGCCUGGCUGCGGACCAGCCUAGCAUUUGCGAGCAUCGGCAUUGCCAUCACCCAGCUCUUUCGCCUCAACACCGCCAUUCAGAGUCGCAGCGAGUCUCUCAGCGUCCGCCAGACGCUGCCUCUUUCACCGCUCGUCGGGCACUCCUUGCCAGACGAGCUCCUACCCUUUCUUCAACAGAUUGCCGCAUCAGUUGCUAGUACGCCGCCGCCGAUACCUACUUUAGGCCCUACUCUCCUGGACCAACUGCUUCUCCUCCCGCCGCGCGAUGUUGGCGGACCUGCAACCUCUAAUGACUAUUCGGGCGAGAUAGGCGUUGAAACUGAUGCUUUCAACGAUGUCGCUGCCACGAAACUGCGUCAUGUUGGAAAGCCGCUGGGAGCGACAUUCAUUGGCAUCUCCAUUGUCAUCUUGUUUAUCGGCUUCCAUCGCUACUUCGAGGCCCAGUACUGGAUUAUACGCGGCAAGUUUCCAGCGAGUCGCGGAAGCAUUUUUGCCGUGUCUUUUGUCACGGGUUCGCUCAUCAUCGCGAGUUUCGUUGUGGUGCUCGCGAUAUCUUCAACCAGCUACGAGAGGAAAUAA